GUGGUUCCGCCGCCUGCCUCGCAAAUGCAAGGAUCCGAGUUCGAUCCCUGCUACCAGGCCAAGAAAAGGAACAUCUUCCCUUGAAGCAGAGAAGUGCCACAGAGCACAGCUGGCCGGCAAGCUGUCCCCGGAAUCCCGCAUCUGUGAGGCUCCCUGGUCUCCGACUCACGUGGCUCACCAUUCACACCCAGAGCCGAACAAGUAAACUGAGUCUCAGUGCUGCCCUGCGUUCGCCUGCCGAGGGCCUCGCGUGGACUCCGCGUGGGCCGGGCCGAGCUGCCGGCGCUCAGAUCCGAGCAAGCAGCGCGCCCUCCGCCCGCCCCCCCCCCCAAACGCUCUCCCCGGGUGCCAGCUCCAGUUCUCUUCCCGGCCAGAGAGGGGUCCCUUUCCGGCCAGCUCCGCUCACCCACCGACUAAGCUGGAGCGGGAGGAAGGGGCGCCGGGCGCGGGCGCUGCAUGGAGGCUGAGGCGUUCGCGCCCCGCGCCGGCCGGGGCCGGUCGGAAGGAGGGCGGCUUCCCCAGCACCGCGCCCCUGCUCCCCGCCGGAUAUAUAGCGUCGCUUCAGGAGCCAGGCAAGCAGCGUCCUCGGGCCGAGCCUUCGCCGCCCCGGAGCCCCGAUCCAGGAGCGCGCAGGAGCAGAAACUUCAUUCCAGAGCUGUAAACAGGAAAAGGAGGAAUCAUGUCGAUGAUCUCAGCUUUCUAUGGUGGCAAGUCCAUUCUCAUCACAGGUGCCACCGGCUUCCUGGGGAAAGUGCUGAUGGAGAAGCUGUUUCGAACCAGCCCAGAUCUGAAAAUCAUUUACAUCCUCGUGAGGCCCAAGGCUGGCCAAACACUCCAGCAGAGGGUUUUUCAGAUCCUCAACAGUAAGCUGUUUGAGAAAGUCAAAGAAAUAUGUCCAAAUGUGCAUGAGAAAAUCAGGCCGAUUAGUGCAGAUCUCAACCAGCAUGACUUCAGCAUCACCAAGGAAGACAUGGAGGAACUUCUGUCCUCGACCAACAUUAUCUUCCACUGUGCGGCCACUGUACGAUUUGAUGACCAUCUGAGACACGCUGUGCAGCUCAACGUCACUGCCACCCAGCACCUCCUGUUGAUGGCCAGCCAGAUGUCCAAGCUCGAAGCCUUCAUACACCUCUCCACAGCCUUUUCUAAUUGCAACCUGAAGCACAUAGAUGAAGUGAUCUAUCCAUGUUCUGUAGAGCCAAAGAAAAUCAUUGAAUCCAUGGAGUGGUUGGACGAUGCAAUCAUUGAUGAGAUCACUCCCAAGCUGAUCAGGGACUGGCCCAACACCUACACCUAUACCAAGGCCCUGGGCGAGACUGUGGUGCAGCAGGAAGGCGCGAACGUGAACAUCGCCAUCAUCAGGCCCUCCAUCGUGGGGGCCACCUGGCGGGAGCCCUUCCCAGGUUGGGUUGAUAACCUGAAUGGACCCAGUGGACUCAUUAUUGCGGCUGGGAAAGGGUUUCUUCGGGCCAUAAGAGCUACUCCAAUGGCUGUUGCAGAUUUGAUACCAGCUGAUACAGUUGUCAAUCUCACUUUAGCAGCAGGGUGGUAUACUGCAGUACACAGACCUAAAUCAACAUUAAUCUACCACUGCACAUCUGGUAACCUCAAUCCCUGUAAUUGGCUCAAAAUGGGAUUACAAGUCUUGGCAACCUUUGAAAAAGUCCCAUUUGAGAAGGCUUUCAGGAGGCCAAAUGCUGACUUCACAACCACCAACUUCACGACCCACUACUGGAACGCAGUCAGCCACCGGGCCCCCGCUGUCAUCUACGACUGCUAUCUCCGGCUCACCGGGAGGGAGCCCAGGGUGACGAAACUCAUGAACCGACUCCUCAGAACCGUCUCCAUGCUGGAGUACUUCAUCAACAGGAGCUGGGAGUGGAGCACGCACAACACGGAAAUGCUGAUGUCGGUGCUGAGUCCCGAAGACCAGAGAAUAUUCAACUUUGAUGUGCGGCAGCUGAACUGGUUGGAAUACAUUGAAAAUUAUGUUUUGGGAGUUAAGAAGUACUUGCUGAAAGAGGAUAUGGCUGGAGUCCCAGAAGCAAGGCAACACUUAAAAAGGCUCCGAAAUAUUCACUACCUCUUUAACAUUGCCCUCUUUCUCAUCAUCUGGCGCCUACUUACUGCAAGAUGGCAGAUGGCACGGAACAUCUGGUUCUUCAUCGUGAGCUUCUGUUACAAGUUCCUGUCGUACUUCAGGGCGUCCAGCACACUCAAGUUCUAA